AUGCCCGGCAAACCAAACACUACGAAGCUCCACCCACCCGGCAAUCCUCCGAGUACAGCUCUUGGCGCUUCCUUGUUCAUUCACCUUCUUCCAAAGGCCAAAGAGUUCACUAUUAGGAUAAUGCGUGACGACUAUAUGGCGCUUCAAAGUGACGAUUCUCAGGAUGUUUCACAAGGCCAAGAAACCUGUCCUCUCGGUCAACAGCGCGGCGACUUCGGUUGGUUCGCCCUUCAGUCAGCAAUCACUCUGCUCAACGUAACAGCCAUUAUCGCUAACAUUUUUUUCAUGAUUAUUUGUGGACGCUCCGGUGUCAUGCACAGAAAUAUGCGAGUAAUGCUGUCCACGAUUUCGUUCUGUUUGGCCGUGAAUGCGUGUGCUGGAUUUCUCUACAACAUGUAUUUCCUCUACCUCGGUGUCGAUGGAUUUCCGCAGCGGCCUGAAAACAAUCCAUGGUGCUCUGUAGUGAACACGUUGAUGGUUCCAUGGGAUGCAGCGACAUGUCUGCUUAUGGUAGGAGUAGGAGCAGAACGACUCAUAGCUACGAGAAAGCAUCUUCCGAACGCAGUGAUUUCGGAUAGUGUUAAGGUGACCUUCUUCCUUGCUGUUUGUGCUGCAGCCUUCGUUACAAUCAACUACGUUAUGAAUCUAACGGAUCAGGGUGUCUGCAUUUGUGACGGUGCUUCGCUUCCUGAUCGAUACGCUAUGUUAUUUCGAAUCUGUAUCUGUACGCUGGUAGAAGUUGGAACGAUCUCCUUGUUUGGAUAUGUCCUUAUUUUAUCACGAUCCGAGGCGGACGGUAUGGGAAUCAACAUCGCAAAAUAUUCGCUAAGCAAGCGUUUUCAGGUUCGUUUCCGUUUCGUUUUUUGCUAA